AUGGACAGGUCAAGGCUGGAGAUCGAUCCGCAUGGGUACGAGAGAGCAGUCUUGCAAGUCCCACCGACAAAGAAGCGUCCCAAACAAGAGCCACAUGCUCCUCAACUGGUCAUUGACGAUCGCGGAUAUGCCAGAGCAGUCUUACCAAACAAGAAAGUGCGUUUGGGCAAUUCUCUUGCUGUCCACAUGCGAAUCGGGCUGUAUCCAGAGUCGUAUGAGCGGACCAAGUUGCCAGAAGAAGAUCUGGAUGUCAAGGUCGAGGAACUUCCUCUUCCAGCCUCGCACCUUUAUCGUGGUGAUAGCCCUCUUAUCCACACGCCUGCAACCCCACAAAAUGUCAAUUUGCCUCUGCUUCCUGCACCCUCGCACCAUCAUAGUUUCAAGGUCGAAGAAAUAGGAAAGCUUGAACCACGCACGGCGGGAGAAGCCCAGGACCAGCAAGAGAUGCAUCAAGUGGGUCCCAUUCCAUUGUUGUUGCCACCAGUCAUUUGGAUCAAGCGAGGCGACGAAUACACUCGUCUUCGAUACGCAGUCGAUAUCUUGACCAUCAAGGGCGAGAAAUACGUCAGGGUCGACGAGACACACUUGUUGUUCGCUGUCAAUGCCCAUUGGCUUCAAACUGGUGAGAAUGUCACCACUCGCCAACCGCCAUACCGCCAUUGGCAAGCCGGCAGGCGCUUUGGUCGUCCUGAGAUCCUCUUCAUGUUGUAUCCACUUGGAGAAUGGGCAUAUACACCCCUCAACAACCGCCGCAAAAAGGCCCCUCAAGAAUUCCGCCCCAAGUUGGACAAUUACGGUCGGGUUCUCUUAAAUGCAUUCGACCGACCGUUGAAAUUCUCAAACAUCAUGCCUGAACAGGUCAGCACGGAGAUCGAAGGUUGGGAAAUGGAAGCCAUUUGUCGCUUGGAUCCAGAUAUCUGCCAUCAAGAUUUCAUUGAUCGAAUGCUUCUGAAUCCUGGUCACGGCAAGGUUCGGCCCAGCAAAGGCGCACUGAACCAUCGCCGUCGUCGGGAUCGUAUCAAGAUGCGAAUCCUCCCCUGGCCUCUGCCUCGACAGCUCAGCUAUUCUGAUCAACAAGUCGUCAAUGGGUUAACUCAGUGGCAAAUGGAGAACAACACGACCGUAGGGCUAAAAGACCUGUCAAAGGACGAGAUCGAGAUGCAAGAGGCGAUUAUGUAUGGCGGGCACUUUGAGCGGUCCGGGGCCAAUGCACAGAAUGAUGAAGCAAGAUUGGAGCGGCUUUGGGCCAACCUGACGCUUGUGAGGACCAAGUUUGCGGAGGAUUCGGCGGAGGUGAGGAUGAUCAAAAACAGAAUUGCUGUGCAGCUGGCAAAAAUGGGGCUGCAGUAUGAUCAUCGUGUGUGGGACGCUGAUGUCGAUGCAUAG